ACCCACGUGCUAACCUUUCCCCUAGUUUGACAGUCGGCACGGCAUUUUUGAUAGACGCUUCGUUGACAAAGAACAUUCAAAAGUUUAGAAGCCUACCAAAAUAAUACAGAGUGUACUGUCCUUUCCGACAACCCUUCUGCUCUCAUCCGGAGGUCCCGGUUCCAGGAUGUGGACGACCACUAUAGCACGAUGUACCCUGCCGACCAUGCUCAAGCGAAGCUCCGUCUUGGCCUGCCAUGCCUUGAGGGCUGGGGGUAGGCCUGGAUGGGCAGCCGCCAUCUCCUCAUCUCCUUCUCUUCACCUGACCUGGAGGCAGCUCCGUGGACACGGGACCCAGGCACCCGCCCCGCUCCCUUCCACUGCCCUGGGGGACAGCCCUGGGGUGAGGCAGGUCCGGGCCCUGGAGCAGGAAAGGCUACUGGAGGUUGAGUGGGAGGGCAGCGGACAGAGCCUGUACCCGUACACAUGGCUUAGGGACAACUGUCAAUGCCCACUGUGUACCCUGCAGUCGGCCCAGGCCCGCAGCCUGCUGCUCUCCCAGCUGGACAUCCACACUGGGGUUGACCGGGUCCAAGUCACUGACAACAACAAGGUGUCCAUAGUGUGGCCGGACCAGCACACCAGCGAGUUUGACCCAGAAUGGCUAAGGAAACGGUGCUUCUCUCCUGCUGCCAGACAAGCCCUACAAGAGGAGCUCUUCCUAAACGAGCGUGUGUACUGGGACUCAGAGCUGCGGAUCCCCACGGCCAACUUCGAGGAGGUCCUCCACGACGACAAGGCYGCCCUGGCCUGGCUGCUGGCUCUACGUCGCGUGGGCAUCGUCUACCUGAAGGGGGCGCCGGUGGAGCAGGGUCAGGUGGCCCGCCUCAGCCAGAGGAUCGGAUACCUCCGACUGACGUUCUAUGGGCACACAUGGCAGGUGCAGGACAAAUCCCAGGCUAACAAUGUGGCCUACACCUCUGGCAAACUCAGUCUCCACACUGACUAUCCAGCACUGCACUACCCACCUGGAGUGCAGUUCCUGCAUUGCCUGAGCCAGGCUGGCGAGGGCGGGGAGAGUGAAGCGGUGGAYGGCUUCCACAUGGCAGAUCAACUGAGGAGAGAAGACCCCGAGGCCUUCAGGACCCUCACCUCCCUGCGGGUGGACUUCACCGACACAGGGUCCGACUACUGCGACUUCAUGGUGCAGUCCAAGAACCACAUCAUAGAUGUUGACAGUGAUGGGCGGGUGGUCCGGAUCAACUACAACAAUGCCACCAGGGACUCUGUGCUGGACCUCCCCCUGCACCAGGUCCAGGCCUUCUACAGCUCCCUCAAGGCCUACGUCCAGCUGAUGACGCGACCAGAAAACAUGCUCACCUACAAGAUGGAGCCUGGCGACCUGGUCACCUUUGACAACUGGCGCCUGCUCCAUGGGCGGAAGAGCUUUCAGAGCCACCCAGACCGGGUGAGGCACCUGGAGGGAGCCUACCUGGACUGGGACGAAGUCAUGUCUCGCCUGCGGAUACUCUGCAAGUCUGUCCACGGAGAGAGCUAGACCCGCCAAGCCCCCAGAGCGAAGCCUCCUCCAACUAUAUAGAACCGCAUCAAUCUACAACAGGGCUCUCCAACCCUUUUCCUGGAUAGCUACCGUCAUGUAGGUUUUCACUCCAACCCUAAUCUAGUGCACCUGAUUCUAUUAAUUAGCUUGUUGAUAAGCUGAAUGAAUCAGUUUAGUUGCAACUGGGAGUGAAAACCUACAGGAGGGUAUCUCUCCAGGAACAGGGUUGGAGAGCCCUGAUCUACAGAAUUUCUGAGCGGCCAAAAGAGGCAGAGGCUAAUUGUCUAGUGGGCUACGGCUACUCGUGUGUGAGUCAAGAUGGCUGCCAGUUUUUUGAACAGAGUGACAAGUGGGCAAAGUGCAAGAAGAUGGGGAAAAGGGUUGAGCACUUUCCUAAAWGAUACACACUCCCCUUUAUAAGUGCUAACAGAGGCAUAGAAGCUGUUUAUGAGUAGCAUACCUAUGAAGAAUCUGUCUGUUACUGUAUGAAGCCGGUAGACUAUAGUGCCUUUGUUCCUAGGGUUGUGUAAGCGAAAAUAUUGACCUAUCUUUCCCUUUGCUCUAAUCUAUKUUUCUAUCGGCCUGUGUUCUGCUGGUCAUAAUUUGGCAGCACUUUACUACAUCAACUUCUCAAUGUCUUAAGGGUGUCACGUCAACAAGAGGUGAUUAAGUUUUUGACAUUUUCUACCUCUUGUAUCCAGUAGUAUAGUUCAGUUUCAGCCAUCUAACCUUAAGACAAAAAAAGUGUAUAGCACUAGUAUCAGCCCCACAAAUCAAUUAUUUUUUAAUAACUCUCUUUACAAUAACUCUUCGUAUGUAAAAUGUAUGCACAUGCAAGUUUGGAUAAAAGCAUCAGCUAUGGGAUUAA